GUUUGUGAGGUCUGUCUGUUUCGUAUUCUGUGGUUUGUGACUAAUGUUUGAAUCACAGAGUAUAUUGUUAAUUACAGAAAGUUUGAAUUUUUGACGCCUACUGAAUUAAUAAUAAAUUAAUAACAAAUCGACAGAUUGAGUAUUUUAUAAUGAAUCUUAAACAGAAAGGUACGGUACGAAUAUGCCGUUGGAUAAUUUUGAAUCAUAUUGACAAAAAGAUCUAAAGUUUUGUUUUAACUAAUAAAUAUUGAACACAAUGCGUAGUUGUGAAGAAGACUCUGGACGAAGCUCCUGUUCAGCUGCUUCCAUUAGCCGUAGCCCAGUGAUAGAUUACCAUGAGAUAAAAUUAGUGAAUUCCUCAAAUCAAAUAAACAGAAGACAAACUGUUAAAACUCAAGAAGCCACUACAAACACAGAUCUUAAAGUGAGUACACGCCCAAGAAGCUGUGUUCUCUUGAAAUCACCAGAAGAAAAAGACCCAUUUCCCAGUUGCCGGUUACAAAACAGAUCUAGGAAUGUUGUAUAUAAUAUAUUUGACUCGCCUAGAAUGGGAGGUUUGAGUAAUGCUCAUUCUACAUUAAAUAUAGCUUGUAGUACUCAGAUUGAAGAACCUGUUUUACAACACAAUUCAGUCUCUUUGAAUACUAUUGUUAACAAUGACAUUCCUAAGACCAAAAAAGUUAUAAACACAAAUUUCCGCCGUGGCAAACCAGUUCAAAGAGCUGCUUCGAGACUUUACAAAGCCGAUAGUGGUAUAAAAGGCAAAGAUGGUUGUGUUGGACCUGAAUUUAUUAUUAGAGCUUCACAACCAGCAAAAGAGAUAGAUCUUACAUUGGCAGCACUAUCAGAAAAAAAGAUAGUUAAAGUAAUUCUUUUAAAUGGACAGAAUGUCAAUGUUUUAUGUGAUCCAAACAUAAUUACAGCUGGGCAGUUAUUUGAAGCUUUAAUCCACAGUGAGAAGUAUGAACAUAAUUUCAUGCUUGGAAUAGCUGUUCUAAUUGGGGGAGACUUUGUAUUUUUGCCAGAUGACUACAAAAUAAAAAAAAUUGCUCCAGAAGGGUGGUAUAAAUCCUCUAGUACCAAAAAGGGCAAGUUGUUUGAGCAGAUAAACUUAACUGUGUUUUUAAGAAUAAAAUUUUUCUUGCCUAAAAAUAUAUCAAACAAUAUACAAGAUGGAGAGUGGAGAUAUAGAGUAUAUUUACAACUACGGAGGGCUACAGUAGAAGGCCAAAUGACCUCAACAAUACAGAAUCUCAUUUUGUUAACAGGUUAUGCAUUACAUAUUGAGUUUGGAGAAUUUUCAUACAGAGAACAUGGUACAGCAGAUUAUUUCCUGUUAGAACACUAUUUACCCGAAAAUAUUAUAUCUGAAAACAUGGCAGAUGUCAAACUGCGUAUGAAACGUGCACAUGAGUCUCGACGUGGCUUGGAUAGAUGUAAAGCUAUAAUCAAUUAUAUAACACUGGCUCAAACGUUUAGGGAUUAUGGGUCACAUUUUUAUUCAGCAAUAUGGGCAACAAGGGAUGGUUUUUGUAGAGAUGUAUGGUUAUCUAUUGGACCCAGAGGUAUAACCUUAUACUCACGAAAUAAUAAUUUACCAGAUGACUCUGGAAAUAAUGGUAACCGCAUUGUAUUACAAAGUUUACCAUGGCAUCAUAUCCAUACUUUCUACUAUAAUAAGAAAAGCUUAUAUAUCAUACCUAAUUCAUAUUCAGGGCUUUCAAAGAUAGGAGUCAAAUACAAACUAAAAAUGAAUGACAAUAAAAGCUAUUUUACAUACUGGUUGGCAUCAUUGCAUCAUAGGUUGUAUCUAAAAUUAUAUGCUAAAGAUGAUUUUAUAACUUACUUAUCAGAAGAAUUAAGUUGUCCUUUAAACAAAGAAAUGACACCAAAUAAAACUGUGUGUAGUAAUUAUCAGGAUAGCUAUAAUUUAGCUGUAAGGAAUCCUGUCAGGGUAAGAAGACCAACAAGAAGAAGAUUCAGAAUGGAUAUUUUUGGUGAGAAAAAGAUGCAAGAUAAGGAAAAUGAGAAGCCAAAUACAGAAGAAUUACUCAGGCAAAUUUUAUCAUCCCCACAGUCAAGUGACGAUGUUGUGGCCUCCCCAAUUAUGCAAGGCAAUUCUUCAAAUGAAGGUUUAUCAUCAUCUGAAAGCUGUAGUUUGCCAAGAAGACAUGGUGUAAAAAUGGGAACAAGAGUAUUCCAUGGAAUGAAAACCAAAUUGGAUACUAGGUAUUCCAGAUCACCAGGCAAUACCUGCUUUAGAUCAGAAUGUGAUAUGGCAAAUACUCAAAGUGAUUCAGAUGAUUUGAGUUCUGAACAGAAACAGAAUUGUAACAUUAAUAGUAUGAAGCUACUGCCUGAAAGAUACUACAAUCAUAAUAUUUCGAAUCCAACUUCAACUGCUUUUGUGUUAGAAUCUCCAAAAGUUUAUUCAGAAGCUUUCAGCUACAAUGCAAUUAAUAAUGAAUCUUGUCUGAAUGCUUCCUUGUUCGAAAAGUUAGACAGCAUGGGCUGUGUUCAAGGAGAAAGAGUAUUUGUAACAGCCACUUUGGAAAGGGAUAAAAUGAACGCUCUGGGUCUACAAGUAGCAGAAGGAUCUGAUGGAAAUGUAUACAUCAAAUCAAUCACACCAGGUAGUCCAGCAGAUUUAUGUCAAAAAAUAUUACCUGGGGAUCAAAUCAUUUCUGUUAAUGGCAAAACUCUUCUAAAUGUCAAAUAUGAAAAGGCUUUAGAAAUGUUGCAAUCAGCAUCACAAAAAGUAGAGUUGAUAGUUUUACAAAACUCAAACAAGCCAAAUGUUGAAUAUCAUUCAACAGGAAAUUUUGAAGAGGUCAAUACUUCAAAAUUAAUGCCUCAUAAAAGCAUGAGUAUCGCGAGUGCUCUAGAUGCUGAAAUAACUGAUGAUGAACUUUUAAAUGAAGAAGCCUUAAAAACUAUAUAUGCUCUUAUAAAAUUGACUAAGGAAAAAGUCAUAAGUCGGAUGAAAGAUAAAUCUAAUAGUCAAAAUACUCCCACCAAAACGAAUCUACAAAAAUGUUUUUCUGAAAUUAAAGUAAAUGAACAUUCCGAUCUUGGCGAAUACUCUUCCCAAGACAAUACGCCUCAAAAAACAACGUCCCAUAAAUUUAAUACGUGGCGCGGUCAUUUAACAAACCACAGACCUAAGCGACGGCCGUUGAGUUUAAGCAUUCCAACUGACAUGGAUUUUCCAGAUAAUUAUCUGAAUGCCGACAAUCUAAUGAAGAAAUCUUCUUUAAAGUCGAUACAAUCAUCAUUGAACAGUCUAGAUAAAUCGAGUACGUCUACAAAGACUGUAGCAUUGCCUAGGAAUUUUGGACUGAGUAGAAAAUGGUUGGGACCAGUCCGGUAUCCAGUCACACCUUGUAAAAACAGCAAUAUUACUAGUGAAAAUAGUGCAAUCACAGAUGAAAAUAUAAUUAAGAGACAUUUUGUGUAUGGUGCUGGAGAUUCUGAUGAAGAUCAGAUAUUUUUGUAAAUGACUAUAAAAGUAGGGGGAGCCCAUGUGGGGAUAUACUCGAGCACGGCAGAAUAACAUUGUACCUUAUGAAGUACCCUCACCAUAUUAUCUGAGCCCUUUUUGUUGGGUCGAACAUCUAGCAGCUACUGGACGGUUCACGUAACAUCCUUUCUCAAUGUCUGAUGCGCUCCAAUAUCCUUUUUUUCUAUUUUCUACCCCUUCGUUCGGUCACCUACAUACCAUACCAUGCAAACCGGCAGAUUAAUAUUUUUCCGUCAACAGGAACGUUCCGUGAACCCUCCAGUAGGUUUGGUCACGACCAAAAGACAUGGCCAAUUUAUUGAUUUUUUUUGCUGCCCAUGCCCUCGACGUUCGAACCUAGACCGACAGUCUUGGUUAUAAGGGGCUCAGGUAUGGUGGGAGUACUUCACAAGGUGCAAAGUUGCGUCCCUUAGGUUAUUUUGCCACGCUCGAGGAAAUCCCAAAAUCCCCGCCUGGGCUCCCCAAUACUUAUAAUGUUAAACUGUUCGUAUUAUUAUCGUUAUCAAUGUUAAGAGCUAUACUUACUAAUGUUUGUACCUACAAAGUAUGUUUAUAAUA